AUGGUCAUUUAAAUACUGAACUAACAUGUUUUUGCCAAAACAAAUAUGAACUCUUUAAUAAGCCAAAAAACACACGUACUCGCGUUGACAUAGCCACUUAAUAUAUAUAAAAGUCAACAAAAAAUUGCCAUCUAAUAAACGUUAAUAGACUGUUAGUGUGGAAACGAUGUCGUUCUAAAGAGAAGAGAAAUUGACCUUUAAACACACUCUCCCCUUCUCAUUCUAAAGCCCUAAUUACAAGGAUGAAGAAGCUAACACCACGUCGACAAAACGAACGAGAUGGUGAAAGUGAAGUAGAAAAAGAUGUGUUUGAGGCGAUUCCUGAAAAUGAUUGUCUCGUUGUUGAAGAUGAUGCCGAUGAUGAGCGUGAAUAUGACGUUGAAGACGCACAAGAGGAAGAUUUGGUACUUGUGGAUGAAACUGCAAGUGCAACCCAACUUCUAGAAAACCACUUCGGGGAUAUUGUGAAUAUUGACGUAGAGAGUGAUGACAGUGGAGACGACAUUUGGAACGACGAUAAGAUACCAGAUCCGUUGACGUCAGACGAAGAGGAAGAUGAAGAGAGAAGGCAAUCUCGUGCAAAUCAAGAAUCAGAGGAAGAAAUUCUAGCAUUGGGUAAGACGUUUGGCUGUGCUUCUGAUUUUAAGCGGGCACUACUCCAAUAUUCUCUGAAAACCCGAUACGAUAUUAAGCUCUACAUGUCAUCACAGAAGAAGCUUGGUGCGAUUUGCUCUGACACAGAGUAUGAUUGCAAGUGGAGAGUUUAUUGCUCCUAUGAGAAGAGAAAACACAAGAUGCAGAUUAAGGUUUAUGAAAAUAAACACAUAUGUGUAAGGUCUGGUUAUUCGAAAAUGCUAAAGAGUUCAACAAUUGCCGAGUUAUUUGAGGAGAGGUUGAGAUUGAAUCCAAAGUUUACGGCUAAGGAAAUGGCUCUUGAGAUAAAAAGAGAGUACAACUUGAUAGUUACUGACGAACAAUGUCGAAAAGCGAAGACCAAACUGAUGAGGGAAAGAAGAGCUAGCCAUGAAAAACAUUUUGCAAGAAUUUGGGAUUACGAAACCGAGAUUCACAAGACAAAUAAAGGCACCAUCAUGGAGAUUCAGACUAUUCCAGGGCCAAGAACAGGAAGCAAGCAAAUGUUUGAUCGUAUUUAUGUUUGCUUUGAAGCACAACGAUCUGCUUGGAAGUCAAAAUGUAGACCUAUCAUAGGUCUAGAUGGUGCAUUUCUGAAGUGGGAUAUCAAAGGACAGUUGUUAGCUGCAGUAGGAAGAGAUGCAGACAACAGAAUUGUUCCCAUCGCAUGGGUUGUUGUGGAGAUAGAGAAUGAUGUGAAUUGGGAUUGGUUUGUAAAUCAUCUCAAAAGAGACUUAGGACUUGGUGAGGGAAGAGACUACACUUUCAUAUCUGAUAAGCAAAAGGGUUUGGUGAAAGCUGUGCAUAAUCAACUUCCAGAAGCUGAACAUAGAAUGUGUGCUAGACACAUUCUAGGAAAUUGGAAGAGAGACAAUCAUGAUAUAGAGCUAGAGCGGUUAUUCUGGAAAAUAGCUAGGAGCUACACCAAAGGAGAUUAUGCAGAUAAUUUGGAAGCUUUGAAGAAAUACAGUCAAGGAGCUUAUGAUUCUCUUCUAAAAACCAACCCUCCUGCCUGGUCUCGGGCCUUCUUUAAGGUUGGUUCGUGUUGCAAUGAUAAUUUAAAUAAUCUGAAUGAAUCUUUCAAUAAGACCAUUCGUCAAGCUAGGAAAAAACCCUUACUUGACCUGUUAGAAGAUGUUAGAAGACAGUGUAUGGUUCGUACUGCUAAGAGGUCGAUUAUUGCAAAUAGGAGAAAGGAAAGGUUCACAAAGAGUGCACAUGCUGAGAUUGAAUCUGCUAUAGAGAAGUCUAGAGAAUGCAUAAGAUACAUGUCUACGGGUGAUAGGCAUGAGGUAGAGUUGCACAACUGUUAUUAUCGUGUGGAAAUGAGGCUGAGGACGUGUGGCUGUGGGAAAUGGCAGUUGAAUGGUAUUCCUUGCAAUCAUGCUGCUUGUGUUAUCAUUGGCAAAAAAAAGAAGGUUCAUGACUAUGUUUAUGAGUAUUUUACAACUCGAAGUUGGCAGCAAACCUAUGAGCGUGGUAUUGAGCCUGUGGAAGGAAUGAAGUUGUGGCCUAGGUUAAAUAGAUUGCCCGUCUUACCACCACCAAAUAGAUUAGGCAACCGUGGUAGGCCAAGUAACCACGCUAGGAAAAAAGGAGUUAAUGAAUCUUCUUCUAACAAGACCAAGAUCAAGUUAAGCCGAGAGAAACGUAUCGUGACAUGCUCAAACUGCAAGGAAGAAGGACACAAUAAGUUAGGAUGUAAAAACCAGAGUGUUGAGCCUGAAGCUAAAAGACCAAGGGGUCGACCAAGGAAAGAACCGGAAAGAUGAUCACAAGUAGAACCUCAAGAUGUUUAAACCUUUAUGAAGGAAGAUUACAACGACAAUCACAAGAAACAAUUUGUUGCUUUAGACUUUAGUUGCUUUUGGGGAAAUGAGUCUGUUAUUUUUUACUUCGUAAGACCAUUACACAAGUCUCUGUUUUCUUUUGCUUUUGUUGUUUUCUUUUAGUUGCAACAAGUCGCUUUUGUUUUUAAUGACAUUUCAAGUUUAAACUUUUAUGAAGUCUGUAUCUCUGUCGAUUGCAGGUUUAAAAACCUUUA